AUUGGUGCGUGCCUGUGGCGUCAUUGGCGCGCGUCCGUUUUGCCGCGGCGUGUUCCGGUUGCUCCCGGGGACGAUGCCUAAAGUGGUGUCUCGGUCGGUGGUCUGCUCAGACACCCGGGACCGUGAGGAAUAUGACGACGGCGAGAAGCCUCUCCACGUCUACUACUGUUUGUGCGGCCAGAUGGUCCUGGUUCUGGACUGUCAGCUAGAGAAGUUGCCCAUGAGACCCCGGGACAGAGCCCGUGUGAUUGAUGCUGCCAAACAUGCCCACAAGUUUUGUAACACCGAAGACGAGGAGACUGUCUAUCUUCGGAGGCCGGAAGGCAUCGAACGACAGUACAGGAAGAAGUGUGCAAAGUGCGGGCUCCUGCUGUUCUACCAGUCCCAGCCGAAGAAUGCCACCGUGACCUUCAUUGUGGAUGGAGCAGUGGUGAAGUUUGGCCAGGGUUUUGGGAAAACAAAUAUUUAUACCCAGAAACAAGAGCCUCCCAAGAAGGUGAUGAUGACCAAACGGACUAAGGACAUGGGCAAGUUCAGCUCUGUCACCGUGUCUACCAUUGACGAAGAGGAGGAGGAGAUUGAGGCUAGAGAAGUCGCUGAUUCCUAUGCCCAGAAUGCCAAAGUGAUUGAGAAACAGCUGGAGCGCAAAGGCAUGAGCAAGAGACGACUGCAAGAGCUGGCGGAACUAGAAGCCAAGAAAGCGAAAAUGAAGGGGACUUUGAUUGACAACCAGUUCAAAUGAGCAGGACCUCGCUGUGAGCCUGGACCAGAGGCAAGCAUUUAGAUCGCGAAGAAAAAUAAUUGCUUGUUUGCGUGGAUUCGUUUCUAUUUAUGCCCCAGGAGGGGGCUCUGUGUUGCUUUCCGUUGAUUCGCCUCCAUUCAGUAAGGUCUUUGAGUCCGUUUGACCUGCUUUCUAUGCAAUACAUUGUUCCGUAUC